UCUUUCCUAAUUCAAAUUGGUUUGUAGCGUUAAAUCUUCAUUGUAUAAACAGAGCUAAGACUCCUGUAAUAUUCAGAUUUUGAAGUUAAUCAACAAGAGUUUUCUUUUAACAACCUUGUUCGAUUUGAUUCAAUCCAUCCAACAAGAAAUUGGUCUCAGAGAGUUCUGAAAUUUCUUUUUUUCUGAUCCAAGCUUCGGUCGGAAACAGAAACCUUUUGGGAAAAAAGUGCUAGCUCUUAACUAUGGACAGGAUAAGUCAGUUGCCUGAUGAACUUCUUUUGAGGAUAUUGUCGCUUAUGCCACUGCAAGAUGUUGCUGACACAAUGCUUUUGUCAAAACGGUGGCAAUUUCUCUGGCUGAUGGUGCCAGCACUCACAUUCGAUUAUUUCGAUUAUAAGCUCUUCGACGAAGAAUUAUCCAACAAAGAAUUUUCGCUUUAUGUAGAGAGGUAUUUGUUUCUGCACGAGGCUCCAGCUAUAGAUGCUUUGCGUUUCAAACUUUGUGAAUCUUGGGCUAGUGGAGAUAUUCAAGUGUGGCUUAAAGCUGCAGAAAAGCGCAGUUUGCGUGAGCUAGUUAUCAAGAUUUGUGCUUCAACUAGAACUGAAUCUCCAGUGGUGGAACUUCCUAGAAGCUUGUCUAGAUGCUUCAAAACGCUUGUGACCUUGGAAUUAAGAAACACUGUUCUUGUAGAUGAUGUAGCUUCUCCAGUUUUUUUCCCAUCCUUAAAGAAAUUGAGUCUUGAAUCGAUGAAGUACCCUGGUGAUGCAUUUGUUGCCAAGCUAUUAUCCAGCUGUCCUGAUCUUGAAGACUUGGUUGUGGAGCUAUGUCCAAGUGACAAUGUGUCCAUUUUUAGCGUUAGCCUGCUUAAUCUAAAGAGUCUAGUCCUGGAAACAUCAGGAGAUAUAAGUGAAGGGGAGGCACAUGGGUUUGUGAUAGAUGCUCCUUCUUUGGAGUACUUGAAAAUUGAUGAUAAUUGGGAUGGGUUUUGUGUCCUUGAGAAUAAUAUAAAUAAGAUAGUGAAGGCAAGUAUUUCCACAGUGCGCCCCUAUACUGAGCAGCUUAUAUGUUAUCUAUCUUCAGCCAAGCGUCUUGAUCUCUGCUUCGAAGUCUCAAAGAAUUUGUGUCAUGUUGGCAGUGUUUUCCACCAUCUUAAACAUUUACAGAUAUGUACAUGUGAAACAGAAUGGUUGAGUCUGCUUAUGCAUAUGCUCAAUAACUCCCCUAAUCUACGAUACCUCAAACUUCAUAUGCGGUGCAUUAAAAGUGAACUGCGCCCCAGCUGGAGUGAAGCGAGCUCAGUUCCAGAAUGUCUGUUAAACAGUCUUGAAACUCUUGAAUGGGAUGAUUAUGAAGGAAAGAAGGAAGAUAAAGAAGUGGUAGCAUUCAUCUUAAAAAACGGAUUCUGUUUAGAAAAAGUAAUUAUAAAACCUAUACCCACCAGCCGUAAGAAACGUAAAAUGCUCAAGGAGUUAACUUUCUUCACCAGGAGUUCGCCUACAUGUCGUAUCGUGUAUGACUGAAGUUACUGGUUCAGCUCUGGAGACAAGUCAUGUUCAAUAGUCAGAGUGACAUCACCAAAUAUCCACUCAUGAAUUUCAUUAUCAUUCUCAUUUUAUAUUUUAUGAUAAACUAGGUGUUUUUUUAUGAU